UUAACGAGCACUCAGAGAUGCAGUGCUAUCUCUCUCUCUCUCUCUCUCUCUCUCUCUCUCUCUCUCACACACACACACACACACACACACACGCGCACUGAAGGGUUGCUCGGAGCGCGUGUAUCUCUCACACAGCUGAGCGUGUGAAGCUGGACAGUGUGUUAAACGAUUAGAUCAACAUCUAAAGCAGGAUGUGUGGAGUGGAAGUGGACGAUGGAGUGGAGGAUGAGCACGAGGUGGAGGAUGAGUUUGGGGUGUGUGAGGGGGUGCGGAUGUUGCCCCCCCCGGUGGCGCGCUGUGAUGGGAGCGUGUGGGGCUCCCGGCGCGGGCGCUGUGAGUGUGUGUGUUGGGGGUUAGGGCUGGUGCUGUGGAACCUGGCGCUGACCGGCGUGUGUGUGACGCUGAUGGCCGCAGUGUUUACGCUGGUGCUGCUGCCGGCCGUCCUGCUGCUGUACGCAGGCUUCCUCUGUCAUUCACGGGUCCUCGCGUCCCCCUCAGCUAUCUGCCGUUACCUUGACGACAACAGUUGCUCCGCCCUCAUUAUCCUCGGCUUUGUGAUGAUGUCACCGCUGGUCGUGGUCGCCGCGGCAACUUUCUGCGGCCUGCUCAGGCGGUUCCGCCUCCUGCUGUACUUUCAGCCAAUAUCGGGAGCCCGGUACAGGGGGCGGGGCUUCGUGUGGAGGCAGGACUUCCAUGCCUGGGUGUGA